AUGAGCACGGGUGUGGAGCCUCCGCGUGCUCCGCCGUCCUUCGCCUUUGCGCGCGAGGUCAUGGCCGGCGGCGGUUCGACCUCGAUCGUUAGCGCCAUCCUCAACCCUGUCGACGUCAUCAAGACGCGCCGGCAGCUCUACGAGUUCCGCGACAAGUCGGCCGUCGAGAUCGGGCGGAGCAUGCACGCCGAGGGCGGCGCCGUCGCGCUCUGGCGGCCGGGCCUGAAGGCGACGGUUGCGCGCGAGAUGCUGUACUCUGGCUGCACCAAGGGCCUGUACCCGGUGGUGCGGGACGUCAUCUCGGGCGCGGACGAGCCCACGCUGCCGCAGCGCGUCGCCGCCGCGAGCGGCACCGGCGUCCUCGGCUCCCUCUGUGCCAACGCCUUUGACGUCGUCAAGAUCCGGCAGUUUGCGGCCGGCUCGUCGAGCUCGCUGCUGUCGGCGAUGGGGGAGGUGGCGCGCGCCGAGGGGGUGGUGCGCGGGCUGCUGCUGCGCGGCGCGUCGGCGAGCGCGCCGAGAGGCGCCGCAAUCGCCGUUGGGGAGGUGACCACCUACGACCAGACAAAGAGUUGGCUCAGAAGACGCUAUUCCGACGGCUUCGGGCUGCACGUCGUUGUCUCCCUCAUCACCGGCGUCAGCCGUGUCAUGGCCUCUGCCGACCCCGCCGACGGCUUCGCCUCCGUCCUGCUGCGGCUGCUGCGGCAGGAGAGGCGUCGCGCCGGCAGCGGCUCCAUCUCGACCAAUCUCGGCUGA